AUGCUGACAAGAAUAAACAAUACAAAGCAGUGGGAAAUUUUGGCUUCCAAGUAUGCCGAAGAUACAACACUUUUUGGUCCAAAGAACAUCAAACCAAUCAAAGACGGUGAAGAUCGUGAUGAGUAUUUAAAGCGGCAGGAAGUUGAUAAGUUAAAGAUACGAAAAGGAUAUUCUAUAGUAUUGGAAAAAAUCAAGGCUUUAAGGCAGAAAUUUAGCAGCGCUGUGAUAUCUGGCAGACCAUCAGGCUCUGGAAAGUUCUCAGGCUCAGGCUCAUGGAGUUCUGUGAUUUAAUGGUCCUUAUAUGGGGUGGAGCCCCAUGCACUGAGCCUCUUUCGUUUGGUGCUCAAUCAGCUGGUCAAGCAGAAGAAAGUCAAGAACAAGGUGUUGAUAUAUCUGGUAAUUCUGGUUUGGGAAAUAAUGAAAAUGAAUACGAUUCUGAUGAUUCCCUAACUAAUUCUCUUGGUAAUAACGUGGAUAGUACCAGUACUAGUGCAAGCAAUGAAUCAACCAGCUGGAAACACCCAGUUUCAAACCCAGUUCCAAUGCUUGUAGAUGAUAAAUGA